UUAGGUGGCACUGAUGCACACUGAUAGGCGGCACUGACUGGCACUGAUAGGUGGCACUGAUUGGCAUUGAUGGGUGACACUGAAAGGCAGCUCAGAUGGGCACUGAUAUGUGGCACUGAUGGGCACUGGCGCGUGGCACUGUUCAGCACUGACAGCUGGCACUGAUGGACACUGACAGGUGGCACUUCUGGGGCCACACUGAUCAUCAGGGCACACUGAUCAUCAAUGCCCUGCGGCUCUCCUCUCGAGCUGUCAGUGUGACAGCUCGAGAGGAGAGAAAUGCUGAUAACCGGCAUUUCCCUGUUUACAUGUGAUCAGCUG